ACUCUUCAAAUUUCAAAAUCCCCAAAAAUUGCAGAAACAAUGACACCGAAAACCUUCAUCUUCCAUCGCUCAAAAAUCACAGAUUUACGACACUUUUAGGCCAAAAUCAAAGCUUCUAACAAUGGAUUCACUUACAGAAGAUGAACGAAAGGCUCUUCGUGGAAGCAAAUUCGCACCUCUUCCGUCAACCGCCCCCACCGCCUCCCGAUCUCAACCUAGAUUGGCGCAUCCUGGAGGACCGAUGAAGACGAAUAAAGCUGCUGCUUUAGCGAAGUUUCUAGAACGGAAGUUACAGGAGCCUAGUGGAUUAUCUUCUAUAAAUCCGAAGCUUGUUGAAUUGGCUGUGAAAAAUGCUAAAGAGACUGUUAGAGCAAGUAAUGCUUCAAAUUCCGAAAGGAAAAUUCUGCAUGUAAACUCGUUUAACGACUCUGAGGAUAUGAUUGAUGACGAGGAAGAAACGAAAGCGAAGCCGACCAAGAAGAAGAAAAAGAACAAAAAGAGUAAGAAAAAUAAAAAACAGAAGCUGAACUAAAUUUCUUGAUGUUCUACAAUCUAGACAGGUUUUCGGUACCCAAAUAUUUGAUACUUAAUUACAGAUAUUUACAGUCUACACUGUUACAUUCUUUAGUGAUGUGAGUUAUCAUGUUAGUUGUGUUUCUUUGAAAAGAAAGACAUUUUAAACGUU